GGUGGCCAUGUUGGCGGAGUGUUGUGCGCAGGCGCAGAAGUGUGCGAGUGGCGAGCUGAUGUAAGAGCGGAGACCGGAGGGAAGUGCUCAAGCCGGGUGUCGGUGGCAGUAAGAUUUACACGUUAUCCUCGUUCAUAUACAGAGCAGGUGGAGAUCGGCGGAGGGACCUACCGGCAACAUGUCUGGGGACGAGAUGAUUUUCGACCCUACUAUGACCAAGAAGAAAAAGAAGAAGAAGAAGCCUUUUAUGUUGGAUGAAGAGGGAGAACAGCAGGUGGAGGAGACCCAGAUCCCUGAAACGAAAGAGGCAGAACCAGAACCAGUGGAAGACAAGGAUGCGGACGCAGAUGAUGAGUCAUAUAGGAAGAAAGAUGCUCCCGAUGACUUCAACGAUUUGAACUUUUUGAAUCAGAAGAAGAAGAAAAAGAAGACGAAAAAGUUUGACGAAGAACCAGAAGAAGGCAUUAAGAAUCUAAAGAUUGAAGAUGAACUGCAGGAGGCCUCAGAGUCCCAGGAGGAUGACCUGGAAUUCAUGCUGACAAAAAAGAAGAAAAAGAAGAAUGUGAAGUUCCCAGAUGAUGUCGACUUUAUUGAUAAAGAUGAAGCCUUUGAAGAAGAGGACGGUAAAAUAGAUGAUGGCAUCUCCUUUAGUUCUUCCUUUGGGCCUGCAUGGGCCGGCACAGAAAGGGAUUACACUUACGAUGAGCUGCUUAACAGAGUCUUUAACAUCAUGAGGGAGAAAAACCCUGACAUGGUGGCCGGAGAGAAGAGGAAGUUCAUCAUGAAACCGCCUCAGGUCGUCCGAGUAGGAACAAAGAAAACCUCUUUUGUGAAUUUCACAGAUAUCUGCAAACUAUUACAUCGUCAGCCAAAACAUCUUCUGGCUUUCUUAUUAGCUGAAUUGGGUACAAGUGGUUCCAUAGACGGCAACAACCAGCUUGUCAUCAAAGGCCGCUUCCAACAGAAACAGAUAGAGAACGUCCUGAGAAGAUAUAUCAAGGAAUAUGUGACUUGUCACACCUGUCGGUCGCCAGACACCAUCCUCCAGAAAGACACCAGGUUAUAUUUCCUGCAGUGUGAGACCUGCCAUUCUCGUUGUUCUGUGGCUAGCAUCAAAACCGGAUUCCAGGCAGUCACGGGCAAGAGAGCACAACUCCGCGCCAAAGCCAACUAGCCGGCCCGCCCAUCUGGUCGGAUUUUACCAACUCAGAUUGUGGAUACUCCUGGCGGCAUUACCUGACAGUCAGGGAAGUGCUGCCCUUUAUAUUAUAACGAGUGCCGUGAGACUGGGCAAGAAAAUCUUUGCUUUUUUUUGUUUUUGUUUUGUUUUUUUUCAUUGUCUUGCGCAAAAGGAAUUUUCUGAAAUUCCAAAGUGAGGCUGAUUUAAUUGGAUAAAGUCAUCGCUCACAGAAAGUUUUACCAGCCAUCUCAAGGAUAGGGGGAAAGAAUAUGCAUUUUUAACCAGACUUGUGUAAAAUGCAAAAUACAUUAAAGUUAUUAUCACAUUCACAGA